GCUGCCGGCCGCCGGCAGGACCGCCUCAGCGCCCUCAGCGACGACCUCCUCCACAAAAUCAUCACCCAGCACCUCCCCGUGACGGAAGCCGCCCAAACCGCCGCCCUCGCCAGGCGCUGGCGCAACCUCUGGAGCUCCACCCCGCUCGUCCUCCGCGACGCCGACCUCCCCGAGCCCGCGCGCGACGCCGUGGUCCCGCGAGUCCUGGCCGAGCACCCAGGCCACUUCCGCACCGUGGUCCUCCACGACUGCAGGCUCGCCUCCCUGGACCGUGAGCUCCCCGGCUGGCCGCUCGUCCUCGCCGCCAAGGACACCCAGAAGCUGGAUCUCCUCCCGAACCAGGUCGACCCCUUCCCGUGCAUCCCCGAGGGCAUCCUCCGCUGCGGCACGCUCAAGGAGCUCUCGCUGGGCUACUGGGACCUCUCCCGCGGCGCCAACAUCUCGCUUCCCCACCUCCGCUCCCUCACCUUGAUAAUGGUCGUCAUAAGCGACCAGGACCUCGAGCACCUCGUCGCUGCCUGUCCCGCGCUGAAGACCCUUCAUCUCAGCAGCACAGGACCUGCGCACGUCCGUCUCCGCAGCCCAAGCCUCCACUGCGCGCUGGUUGGGCUGUGGAUGGUGGAGGACUUCGCGGUGGUGGACGCGCCGCUCCUGGAGCGCCUCAUCUUGUUUCUGCCGCCGCGCGAUGAUGGUGUUGUAGUAAGGGUCAAGAUUGGUGGUCAUGCAGCCAACCUGCGGGUGCUCGGCCACCUGAAUACAAGAGCUCACAGGCUGCAGAUCGGCGACAUCGUCAUCCAGCGUAACACAAUGGCGAGCACAAGCGCUGUGAUUCCAAGCGUCAAGAUACUGGCGGUGGCGGUAAAUUUCGAUGUCCUCUCGGAGGUCAGGACGCUGGCCAGCUUCCUCAGAUGCUUCCCCAACGUUGACACGCUGCACAUCGAGUCUGCCGUGCAUGGUUUUUCUAUAGUUGCCAAUGAACCCUGUGGGGAGAUUCAUGCCAGGUUCUGGGAGGAGGUCAGUCUGGUUGAAUGCUUGAGAUCGCACGUCAGGAAGAUGGUCAUCCACAAAUUCCGAGGGGAUCAGAACGAAUUCCGGUUCCUCAAGUUCGUCGCCAUGAAUGCCAAGGAGCUGCAGUCUUUGCACGUUGUGUUGCAACAAGAAAAUACUUCCUCGACUGACAAGAUGAAUGAGACUGAAGAUAAUUUGCAGAGUCUAUGGUUUCGAACAGGGAUCUCUGGAGUGCUGCUGGUGCGGCCUACAGUGGGGUUUACUUCGAUCUUGCAGAAAGCAACUGAUCUCACAUCCGACGACCCUUUUCGCUUCUGAAUGCAUGGUUACUUCGCCCUAUGCUUUCAUGAUUGGUCCGCUCCUUUUGGGGAAUCGCUGACUGUAGAUCACCCCAUUUCCUGUGUAGCCAUGACUUCUCCUGAGAUAUGGCUGAUUUGAACUACCAUGAAUACGUAAGUAACAUUGAAGAAGUAUCCGUAAACAA